AUGGGCGUUUGUGGAAAUUUAGCUGGUCAAGAAUCUUUUAGAUCCAUUACCAGGUCGUAUUACAGAGGAGCUGCUGGUGCACUUUUGGUUUAUGAUAUCACCAGGAGGGAGACUUUUAAUCACUUGGCUAGUUGGCUAGAGGAUGCAAGGCAGCACGCAAAUCCGAACAUGUCAAUUAUGCUGAUAGGCAACAAAUGUGACCUUGCCCACAGAAGGGCCGUUAGCACAGAGGAAGGUGAACAGUUCGCUAAAGAACAUGGGUUGAUUUUCAUGGAAGCUUCCGCUAAAACUGCUCAGAAUGUAGAGGAGGCUUUCAUUAAAACAGCCGCAACAAUAUACAAGAAGAUUGAAGAUGGGAUUUUUGACGUGUCAAAUGAGUCGUACGGAAUAAAAGUAGGUUACACUGGAAUCCCGGGCCCGUCGGGCGGCAGGGAUGGUUCGUCCCAAGGUGGAGUUGGAAAUGGUGAAAGCUCUGGAAAGUCAAGGAAAGGAAAAGAGAAGACAGUUCAGUUUGAUUCCGAAGAUUCACUUGAAACAAAUAGUCCGAAGUCUAAUGGGAAGGCUGACCCACCAGCUGCGAAAGGUGGCAAAGGAGGCAAGACUGCAAAAGGCUCUAAGAAAACCUCUGGAAAAGCAUCUUCAGUAGAGCAAAAGCUCGAGCAAGAGCUUCCUCCAAGUUCCCAGUGUUUAAUGGACUGUGAAGCCGCGGAAAUCUUGCAAAGCAUCCAAGAUCAAAUGGUUAUAUUGUCUCAAGAUCCAGACAUAAAACUUCCAGGGUCCUUCGAUAUGGGAUUGACAUAUGCAAAGAGAAGCGGAAAUCCUGCAAAGCCUGAGACAGUGAAGAAAAUAUUCGAGCCUCUGAAGAAGCAUGGUGUUUCUGAAAGCGAGAUUUGCAUGAUUGUUAACAUAUGCCCCGAAUCAGUGGAUGAAGUCUUUGCUCUCAUCCCCGCGCUCAAGCCCAAGAUGAGCAAGCUAAAGGAUCCUAUCAGAAUUGCACUGGAUGAAUUAGCAAAUCUGAAAGAAGCAUUGGCUAACUUGAAAAAUACCCGAGUAUAG